CCCGCGUCUGGUGCAUUAUAUGGACGAGCUCAUCGAAGGAACUUCUCACCGUACUCGCUCGGCUGUAGCUCGCGCGAUCGCUUCUUUACUCGUCGUCGGGAUUGUUCUUUCUUCUCGGGAAGCUGCGGAGAGCAAUGGCGGGGAGAGGGAAGACGCUGGCGUCGGCGGCCGGGAAGAAGGGGGCGUCGAGGAGUAGCAAGGCCGGUCUCCAGUUCCCGGUCGGCCGGAUCGCGCGGUUCUUGAAGGCCGGCAAGUACGCCGAGCGGGUCGGUGCCGGCGCCCCGGUCUACCUUGCCGCCGUACUCGAGUACCUUGCUGCUGAGGUGUUGGAGUUGGCAGGCAACGCGGCGCGGGACAACAAGAAGACUCGGAUCGUUCCCCGCCACAUCCAGCUGGCGGUGAGGAACGACGACGAGUUGACGAAGCUGCUGGGCUCCGUCACCAUCGCCAGCGGUGGCGUGAUGCCCAACAUCCACAACCUCCUCCUCCCCAAGAAGGCUUCCAAGGCGUCCGCCGCCGCCGGCGAGGACGAGAGCUGAGCCGGCCUCCGCGAUCAAGAAAAUCGAACUGCUCCGGCGUCGUGCUCUCUCUAAUUAGGUGUCGUAGCUUUGGACCAUUGUGUAGGACCCAGGUAAAUUAUUAGCGAUGUGAACUAGCCGUAGUAGUAGGUGAAUGAUGUGCAAAUAGAGUUGACUGAUGGUGUGACUGUACAUUCGAGGUAGCCGUUCGUGAGAAAUGUCUCUGCUUCGUGGCAUGUGAAUUCUUGCCGUGUAGAUGAUGAUUGCCAUUGUGGUUGA